AUGACCACGAAUGAUACGUACGAAGCCACCUAUGCGAUCCCCAUGCAUUGUGAAAAUUGCGUGAAUGAUAUCAAGUCAUGCUUGAAAGAUGUCCCCGGGAUCAAUUCAUUGAAUUUUGACAUCGACCAACAAAUCAUGAGCGUGGACAGCUCAGUGGCUCCUUCCACCAUAAUCAACACUUUGCAAAGCUGUGGCAAAGACGCCAUCAUAAGAGGUGCCGGUAAGCCAAAUUCUUCCGCUGUGGCUAUCUUGGAAACGUUCCAAAAAUACACUAUCGACCAAAAGAAGGACACCGCCGUGAGAGGCCUGGCAAGAAUCGUCCAGGUCGGAGAAAACAAGACUCUUUUCGACAUAACCGUAAAUGGUGUCCCGGAAGCGGGCAACUACCAUGUCAGCAUCCACGAGAAAGGGGACAUCUCUAAAGGCGUUGAGUCCACCGGGAAAGUCUGGCACAAGUUCGAUGAGCCCAUCGAAUGCUUCGACAAGAGUGAUCUGGGCAAGAAUCUCUACAGCGGGAAGACCUUCUUGAGCGCCCCCUUGCCAACAUGGCAGCUCAUCGGUCGCAGUUUUGUCAUUUCCAAGGCCCUUAGCCAUCCGGAGAACGAGCCUUCUUCCGUCAAGGACUACUCAUUCCUGGGGGUCAUUGCUAGAAGUGCAGGCGUGUGGGAAAACAACAAACAGGUGUGUGCAUGUACAGGAAAGACCGUCUGGGAGGAGAGAAAGGACGCCUUGGCCAACAAUAUCAAAUAG